GAACGCACCAGGCCCAUUAAAGGCCCACUUGCCAUAUAUAUCUGCGAAGAAAAACCCUACGUGUCACAAGCCUCCGCCUCUUCUCCCGUUUGCGACGACUGGGUGGGCUACGCCGCCGCCGCCGCCGCUGCCGCUGCUCUACGGUGCUGAGUCCUUUGCCGAUUUCUUCCCGGCGAAGAGCGCCACCAGUAGAUCCGCCCCUGCUGAAAACGCACUCGAUGGCGUCCGCGACGGGGGGUUCCUCCUCGGAGAUGGCGGUGGACCACGCGACGGGGCUGGGCACCGUGGAGAAGCCGCGGUUUGAUGCUCUGAUGCCGAGUGAGAUGAGCGGCGGGAGGACCCAGUUCCGGAAAGUGACCGUGCCGCAGCACCGGUUCGCGCCGCUCAAGCGAUGCUGGAUGGAAAUCUACACACCCGUUUACGAGCACAUGAAGAUCGACAUACGCAUGAAUCUCAAGGCGAGGAGGGUGGAGCUAAAGACAAGGCAAGACACACCAGAUGUCAGCAACCUUCAGAAAUGUGCUGACUUUGUGCAUGCUUUUAUGCUCGGGUUCGACAUUGCUGAUGCCGUCGCCUUGCUGCGUCUUGAUGAUCUGUAUGUGGAUUCCUUUGAGAUCAAGGACGUGAAGACCUUGCGAGGGGAGCAUCUGUCGCGCGCUAUUGGCCGCUUAUCAGGGAAAGGAGGCAAGACCAAGUACGCCAUUGAGAACUCAACCAGGACCCGCAUUGUCAUCGCUGAUACAAAGAUCCACAUACUUGGAUCCUUCGUUAACAUCAAGGUCGCACGGGAUUCACUUUGCAGUCUCAUCUUGGGUUCUCCUGCUGGCAAAGUGUAUUCUAAACUAAGGGCUGUAUCAGCUAGGUUGGCGGAAAGGUAUUAAAUUAAAUGGGGUUUGCCCGCACCGUAUAAGGGCAUGUUCGGUUCCCGCUCAAUUCAUAUGGAUUGGAGGGGUUUGAGUGGGAUUAAUUCCAUAUCAAGUCAAAAUCCUUCAUAAUUUUUUUCAAUGCUUUCCAAUCCCAUGAGGUAUAGGAAUAACUGAACAAGGCCUAAUUGUUGCAGUUUUGGUCACAUUCACACAGUGUGUUAUAGUAGCAGUUUGUGUGCUCGGGACACUGGGGAAGUUUAAUGUAUCCUUACCUUAUGAAUAGCGGACUAUGAUGAAGGGAGAUUUAAAUUGAUAUGUAUUCUGUGUU